AUGCCCUGGACCCACAUCUCUGCCAUGUUCACCUCCCUCGCCGGAUCCAUCAAUUCCAUAUUCUUAUCUGAACCUGUGAUCAUCGAGGAUCCCAACAAAUCCCCUGGCCAGCUGCUCAGAAUCGCCAAGAAGAAACGAAAGGAUCAAAAGGAGAUUCGAAUCAGAAUGCAUCAGGAAUUGCUCAUCAGAAGGAUCAAGAGACAUAUUCGGAGGACCAAGGAGACUGCUGUUUGA